AUGUUGGAUAAAAGUUGGUUGAAUAUAAGGAAUAGAGUCGACCAAAGGUAUAGAGAUGGAGUAGACAACUUUCUUAAUUGGGCAUUCAGUCAACCAACUGUGAACACUAUGAUUCAGUGUCCUUGUAAAGGGUAUAUGAAUACCGUGUUUAAGCUAAGGGUUGGUGUAAGAGGAAAUUUAUUGAGGAAGGGUUUUUGGGAUUCUUAUAAAGUGUGGGACUUGCAUGGAGAAGUGUUAGUUAGAGUUGAAACUUCUAAUAUUGCAGUUAGUGAUGAAGCAGAAGAUAAUAACAUUGAAGAGGAUAAUAUUACUGAAAUAAUUCACGAUGCUUGUGGAUAUACGAAUAUGGAGGAUAAUAAUAGUAAUAAUUCAGUUGACAAUGAAGAGCCAAAUAUACAUACAACAAAGUUCUACAAAUUGUUAGAAGAUGCUGAGACAGAACUUUAUCCCGGUUGUAAAAAAGUCUCGAAGUUGUCUUUUGUUGUUAAACCACUUCACUUGAAGUGUCUUAACCAUUGGAGCAAUAAAUCGAUGGAUGCAUUAUUGAGCUUCUUUAAAGAAGUUCUUCCCGAGGGUUCAUUUGUGCCAAAUUCUUUUUAUGAAGCAAAGAAAGUUCUUUGUGACCUCAGCUUGGGGUACACCAAAAUAGAUGCAUGUCGGAAUGAUUGUAUUUUAUAUUGGCGUGAUUAUGCUGAUGUCCAAGCAUGUCUUAAGUAUGGUAAGUCUAUAUGGAAGUCCGAAGAACACGAAGGCAAGAAAGUAGCUCAUAAAAUCUUGCGGCAUUUUUCAAUCAAACCAAGGCUUCAAAGAUUGUACAUGGCAAGUGAAACAGCUAAAAAGAUGAGGUGGCACAAGGAGGAAAAUAUUGAUGAUGGUGUCUUGCGACAUCCGUCUGACUCAGUAGCAUGGAAAUCCUUUGAUGCACGACAUCCCACAUUUUCAGCUGAGUUAAGAAAUGUUCGAUUAGGUUUGGCAAGUGACGGGUUCCAACCUUAUGGGAACAUGAGUUCUAAUCAUAGUAUUUGGCCAGUCGUACUAGCUACAUAUAACUUACCACCAUGGGAUUGCAUGAAAAAUCCAUAUUUUAUGAUGACACUUCUUAUUCCAGGCCCCAAGUAUCCAGACAAUGAUAUCGAUGUAUAUUUACAACCAAUGGUUGAAGAGUUGAAAGAAUUAUGGGACGGGGUGGAGACUUAUGAUGCACACUCAAAAUCUAAUUUUCUGAUGCGUGUGGCUAUCAUGUGGACGAUCAAUGACUUUCCUUCGUAUGAAAAUCUUUCAGGAUGGUCAACCAAAGGCAAGCUUGCAUGCCCUUGUUGCCAUAAAGAUACACAAUCGACUUCCUUGCGUAGUAAGUUGUGUUAUAUGGGUCAUCGUCGCUUCCUUCCCAUGGACCAUCCAUGGCGGAGAAGUAGGACGUUAUUUGAUGGGAAAGUUGAAAUGGGAGUUGCACCUAAUCCUUUAACAGGUGAUGAAGCACUUGUGCAAUUAUAA